CAAAGUAGGUGAAUCACAGUUCUGACUAUUUAUUCGGCAUUUUUACAGAAUUCAGAAGCACCGAGUGAUCUAUUAGGCUCUUUGGUGAUUACAUAGCCUUAUCGAGCAGCAUAAUCGCGAUCCCACCGCGGGGAUCUUAUUCGGUGUCUUUCGACGCGUCGGACUUUCGCGUCCUUCCGAGUAAAUCACUUCUCGGUCUCGACAAAAGCUUUCUGGCAGAGGAACGAUAAGGUCUACGUUAUUCUUUCUUGGAAAUUCUUCUCAAAAUGGUACAGGCAGAAUCCUCAGCCAGUGCAGCUCGCAAUGGUCUCCAGCCUAACACGGCUGGAGCUCCGCAAGACUAUGAGCUCCCUUGGGUCGAAAAAUACCGUCCGAUCUUCCUCGAUGAUAUUGUUGGCAACACGGAGACCAUUGAGCGGUUGAAGAUUAUCGCUAAAGAUGGAAAUAUGCCGCACGUUAUUAUCUCAGGCAUGCCUGGUAUCGGAAAGACGACGUCGGUUCUGUGUCUGGCUAGACAACUACUGGGCGAUUCGUAUAAGGAGGCUGUAUUGGAGCUGAAUGCUAGUGACGAGAGAGGUAUCGAUGUCGUGCGAAAUCGAAUCAAAGGAUUUGCACAAAAGAAAGUCACGCUCUCUCCUGGUCGUCAUAAGCUUGUUAUUCUUGAUGAAGCAGACAGUAUGACCUCGGGUGCGCAGCAAGCGUUACGGCGAACUAUGGAAAUUUACUCUACUACAACUCGAUUUGCCUUUGCCUGUAACCAGUCGAAUAAGAUCAUCGAACCCCUCCAGUCUCGAUGCGCAAUCCUCCGCUAUUCUCGGUUGACCGACGCCCAAGUGGUGAAACGGUUGAAACAGGUGUGUGAGGCCGAGAAGGUCGAACACUCAGAAGAUGGACUGGCUGCGUUGGUAUUUAGUGCUGAAGGUGACAUGCGUCAAGCGAUCAACAACCUACAAAGUACCUGGUCUGGGUUUGGUUUCGUGAGCGGUGACAACGUCUUCCGGGUGGUUGAUAGCCCGCAUCCAAUCAAAGUCCAGGCUAUGAUUAAGGCCUGCUGGGAAGGCAAGGUAGAUGUGGCCUUGGAGACGUUGAAUGAGUUGUGGACUCUCGGGUAUUCGUCCCACGACAUUAUCAGUACUAUGUUUCGAGUUACAAAAACUAUCCCGACGCUCUCUGAGCAUUCGAAGUUAGAGUUCAUCAAGGAGAUUGGAUUCACGCACAUGCGCAUCUUAGACGGCGUGCAAUCACUUCUGCAGUUAAGUGGUUGUGUCGCCAAACUCUGCAAGAUCAACAUGAAGCCGGAGUUAUUCAAGCCUUCUCAGGCUUGAGUCGCAUCACUUAAUAGAGUAUUUGCAUGGUGUUAGGGCGUCUUGCGAGUGGGUUUAUCUACAUUAAUUGAUGGCAUCUUGUAUGUUAAAAGAUCAUAAUUACAGAGAUGCAAUUUGUAUGUUUGCUUUGUAUUUCUCUUCGCGU